GUCCUGGCUGAGCUGUGCUUUCGUCGGGAAGCUGAACGCCUCAGGCGGCCCCGGCACCCCCCUUCGUCCAGAUAGUCACAUUAUGGAUGUCUUCCAGACUGUAUUUUCGGAAGCCAUUUUUGGUUCACAUAUUAAAGGUUCCAGCUCGGGCUCCUCGUUGUCGGAAUCUCACGCAAUUGUACCAGCAGCUCGUUGGCCGUGGAAGAAAUGGCCGCAGCCGCAGCCGCAGCCGUGGAUUACAAGAACGUGGCCGAAGCAGGGGUGGUCGCCGUGAAGGGCUUCGCUGAUGUGGGCGGCGCUGCAACAAGUGGUCAGUGCUGUGUAAACAAAGCGGCAAGGAUCAAUUGCACUUCCAAUGGCGACGGAAAAGUCCUCGUCAAAGAGUGUCCAGAUUGCGGUUACCAGUACUGCUCAUAUCAUUUCCGUGCUACGGGAGCCUUGGCCAGUGGUGGGCAUUGUUGUAGGAACGACCGGGGGAAUAACCCCUCCAACAGUUGCUCAGUGCUUGGCCUGGCGCAGAACAGGUGCUCAGGGAAGCUCACGCAGUGCUUGAAGUGCGCCAAGAAGAACCCGACACAGUCCUGGUACUGCGCAUACCACAUCUCGGAAGGAAGCUGGUAUGGCAUGAUGGGAGGGCACGUGUGCGGAUGAGGCCACGGAUCUUCGCAGGUGCCCAGACCGCAGCGCGCGCACCGACCUCUUUGCGAGAGUGCACCGUUGCGGUGGCGAGCGGCCCCAAGACUAAUUGCUGGUUUCAGCUCGGGCUGAGGUCACACUUCCUAAGUAGUGAGGCCAAUCCGCGCGAGGCGCACCUCCUUGUCGGGGCUCCAGAAUUCGACCCGCUUCCGGCUCUGCGCGCACUGACCUGUUUGCCAGAGUGCGCCAUUGCGUCAGUGAGCGACGCCAGCACCAGUGUCGAUCUCAGCCGAGGCUGAGAUCCCAUGUUUAGUGGAAUCAGCCCGCGGGGUGCCGCCUCCUCGUCCUCCCCUUCCCCGUUUGCCCCUCUUGGCCUGCCAUCGCCCUGUUGGUUCUCCUCCCCAUCCCUCCCUGCGCCUUUUCCUCCUGCCUCCCUCCCCCUCCCUUCUGCUUGCUCACGCUCCCCCAUCCCUCCGCC